AGUUUCAAUAGGGGGUCGGAAAUGCACAAGCGAGCAAAAUUUUUUUCGUUAUUUUCAGCAUGGUUGUAUAGAACCGAUAAAACUGCCUAGUUAAAUAAACUCCAUAGUUUUAUUAACGACAUCAACGAGCUUUUACCGUUGCAUUUUUCGUUUGUAUAAACAUCAAAAGCAAACAAACAAAAGAUGUUAACUGCUUAUUACCAGAAGCAAUUGAACAUUAACUUAGUGAAAUAUUUAAAAUUCAAUAUUGACCGAGUGAUAUUAAGAAAAAUAUUUUAAUUUACAUAUAAACCAGGCAAAUAUAAAUAGGCUAAGGUCGGCGGAUAGCGAAAACUGAAGUAAGCCUUGUCGGCGCACCGUAUGCGGAAACAAUUCUAGUUUUCCAACGCAUUUUUAGUAUUUUAGUUUCAAUUUUUUUGUAUUCGUCAUCAGCAUAUCUGAUUACAUAUAUUCAGAAUCGAUAAUAGUUUCUGUCCUUCGUCCCACCAGAUCGUCAAGAUGCUUUUCUGUAUUCAGCUUAAAUGUUAACAGCAAUAAUCUCACUACAUGGGUUUUGUUCUGAAUUUAAUGGGAUUUCUAACUACCUAUAGAUUCCUGAAAAAAGGUGUGAAAUGAAAAAUGGUCAUGACACUAUUAGUCCUUUUUGAAAAGUCAACUAUAACCAUAGGGAAUACUAUUUGGAAAAUCAAAAAACUAUAUGUCUAAUGGCUGUCUGUGUUUGCUCUUAGUCUCCAAAUAUAAUACAAUUUAUGACAAAACUAAACUACAAAUCUAUCAGUAAAAUUCUAGGUACUUCAAUGGCUAUUAGUCAUAGGGCAUUCGUUACGUUACUGUUGUUCAGAUGUGGUUUUGUAUCCUAAACAUCUUUGCUCUUAUUGUCCGUCAGUUCUUUUCACCAUAGUUUGCUAUGAACAAGUAAAACAAUUCAAGUUAGAAAAUAGUUUCUUUAAAAACAAUGGAGUGAUUCAUUUUAGACAAGCAAAUGAUUUGCCUGUCUUCUGUUUCGAACGAAAAAAUCUAUUUUUUUAUCGCCUAUUCUCUUUUAGUAAAUUAUGAUUGUUUCUAAAUCCAUAUGCUUAUUUCAGUGUGGCAGUCUGAAAUAAUUUUCCUCUCUAUUUUCAGUAGAUCUUUUGUCACAUUUCAUCAUAAAAGUAUCUAGUAGUCUAGAUAUCAAAAGAAAGCAAGAGGAUAAAAAUUCUUUCUUCACUUUACGUAUAUGUUUAAAUGACUAUAUAAUCUGUACUGAUACGACCAUGCCUUCUAUCUAAGACGUCAUCAUUUUUAUAUAUUCAUUCUACGUGUAGAUUCAUAUGUGUUUAGUAGCCAGUACAAGUAUGUUGUUUAGCAUUUUUUAGUGCACGAAUCUGUUAUAUCACACAAGCUGUAGAUAUGAAGAAAUGAAUUUUAAGUGAAUUUAAAAUUAUUUUCCUUUAGAACUAUAAUGGAUGUAAUUUCAUUAGAGCUUCAACAGCAUUUUAAAUUUGAAGCACAGAUCCAACGUUUAGCUGAUGACACUAAAAGUAGAAGAUGGUUCGAAAUACUUCAGAUAAUAUCUGAAGUUCAAAUAACUCUAGGAUUGAAAGUGGCACUUGGUUUGGGGGAACGACGUGUUGGUACUCCCAUUUUAACGCCAAAAGAAGCAUUAAACGGGUUUUUUUUGAGAUACAGAGGAGCAGCCGUUAAUAAAAACACAUUUGAACAAGCUGUUAACGACCGGCUGCUAAAAGUACAAAAAUUAGUUUAA